AUGACAGUCGCCUACGAUUUAACCCACCGAGGGACUUCGGCCCCUCAAACUUCAGCAGGACAAGCUUUGGAAGACAGGUUCGAAGUGCUGAAGGAUAUUGGAGAUGGUAGCUUUGGUAGUGUUGUUCUAGCACGAGUACGUGGGGCGGGAGCUAGCGUAGCUCGACGUGGAACAAUUAUUGCUAUCAAGACGAUGAAGAAAACCUUCGAAUCAUUCCAACCAUGUCUAGAACUACGAGAAGUUGUCUUCUUGAAGACGUUACCGCCUCACCCACACCUUGUUCCUGCGUUGGAUAUAUUCCUCGACCCUUUCACCAAAAAGUUGCAUAUUGCUAUGGAGUACAUGGAUGGCAACUUAUAUCAAUUGAUGAAGGCUCGUGAUCACAAGUGCCUGGACGUUUCUAGUGUCAAGAGCAUUCUGUUCCAAAUUAUGCAAGGACUCGAGCAUAUCCACGCUCAUCAUUUCUUCCAUCGCGAUAUCAAACCAGAGAAUAUUCUCGUUUCCACAUCAGCGCAGGAUUCAGGAAACUCUUUCCGACGAUACUCUGCGAUGGUUACCCCUCCUUCCACACCGCCAGCUUACACCGUCAAGAUUGCCGAUUUCGGUCUUGCACGAGAAACUCAUUCGAAGUUACCUUACACAACCUACGUAUCGACGAGAUGGUACAGAGCACCAGAAGUAUUAUUAAGAGCGGGCGAGUAUUCGGCUCCAGUAGAUAUCUGGGCGAUUGGUGCCAUGGCAGUGGAAAUUGCAACUCUGAAGCCUUUAUUCCCUGGAGGAAACGAAGUCGAUCAGGUUUGGAGAGUGUGUGAAAUUAUGGGCAGCCCAGGAAACUGGUACAACAAAGCAGGCGAGAGAGUUGGUGGAGGUGAUUGGAGAGAGGGCACGAGAUUGGCUGGCAAACUUGGAUUUUCAUUCCCAAAAAUGGCGCCACAUGCCAUGGACACGAUUCUUCAAACUCCUCAGUGGCCGGCAUCUUUGGCAAAAUUCGUCACGUGGUGCUUAAUGUGGGAUCCCAAGAGUCGACCAACAUCAACUCAGGCGAUGGCUCACGAAUUUUUCACUGAUGCUGUGGAUCCAUUAAGGCCAAAGUCUUCAUCGAGGAUACUCGGCCGCAAACAGUCUGAUCUAAGUUACCGUAGCUCAAAAGAAUUCCCCGAGACAACACCAACCUCGACAACAAAACCCUCUUGGUUCAGAAAAUCUUUGAUCGGCAGAAAUGAUAAUAAUUCUAACACCGCUACUAUUCAAACAAAGGAAAAGGAGAGCUUGGUAACUAAGCCUUCACCGGUACUUACACCUACAAUUAGUGAGAUUCCUAUUGCUAAGACACGUCAGCCUGCCGCUAAGCGGUCAACGUGGGCCAGCGGGGCUACUAACGCAGCGCCGAUGCCGAUUUUGCCGACAAUCAAACCCAUCUCGCCAAUCUCUGAUACUGCAACAGCACAAGCAAGCAGCAGAACACCAUCAUACAACGAUCUCUAUUCUGGACAAAAUGAUAAGGGUUCGAAGAAAAUUGGUCGCCAACUAUCAGUGGCCUCAAGCACGAAUCAUUAUGCGGAAAUUCAUCGACAACAAGCAGAAAUGGCGUUAAGUGGAAAUUCUGGAUUAGUAUCUCCUCCUAGUGGCCACAAGGAAAGCUUCUUCUCUCACCUAAGAAAGCGUGCGAGAAGGUUCUCUGGUCGACAAUCUCAAACUCCCAUGUCACCAAAAUCAAUGGAUCUUGAAUCACAGGCUGGAUGUGGACCUUGGUCGAGCAAUCGAUCAUCGAUGGUAUUGGAUGUUAAUCAACCUUCUAGCCCUGCUGCGCAGAAAGUCGAUUCAUCCGAGGCAUUGGACAAGGCGCUGCGCAACGUCCAGCAGAACUUGGAUUCCCCACAAAGUACAAAUUCCCCGCCCAUACCACCGACUCAUCAAAUUCACCCAAGCAGCGUUCUGAAGAGACAUCACUCGGUGCCUCACCAACAAGCACCCCGCUCAACUGCUGAUAUUCCAAGGUCUGUGGCGCCCAUACCCACUAGGAACAGGAGGAGCCAAUUGCCGGGCGUUCAACAAUAUGAGACUCCUGAUGAGGAGGACGAAUUGCUGGACGAAGCCCAAAUUUCUACGAAGACGACAAUGAUGAAGCGUGGGAAUUCAGUCCAAACCGAUCAUCGAAAACCCUUAAGACAAUCACAUAGUAAUACUGGUUUAAAUCCAUACCCUACACCUUCUCCGUCCGCUAAUGGUAAUUCGGUACUUUUUGGUCAAGGGUUAAACAAUGCUUCACCAACUCCAAAACCCCAUGGACCUGGCAAGCAAUCUUCAACACCACCAUACGACUAUGAAGAAAAUGAAUGGGCAGCGUCUGCGGCCGCUAGUAUUUUCGCAGCACAAAAUCGAUUUUAG